AUGUCGAAUCCCAACCCAUCAUCCGCUCUCGAUGCAGACAUCAGCACUCAUCACAGCCGCGCUCCACAUACCCAAGACGCGCCCACCUCGCACAUUGCGAAACUGCCACCAGAGCUUCAUCUGCGCAUCCUUGCUGAAGUGCCCGCUCGCGACGUCCAGAAGUGUCGUCGACUCGACCGAUACUUCCAAAGCCUGAUUGAUGACAAGCCAAAUCACCGCCUCUGCACCGGCCCGAGCGUUUCCCGCUCUCUGAAGCGCCUCAGAGAGCAAGUCGUCGAAUUCAGCGACUUCCCUCUUGACCCAAUCAAUGAAAAUGGUCUGCCCACUGGCUUCUUGACCGCUCUCGCCCGCUUCAUCAACUUUCAUGGAAUUCCCCUGGCAGCCGGCGAAGAAGUUCACGGCAACACCAUAGCCUUCUUCGCCUUGCACUGGUAUCACCAAUGGCACAAGAUCCCUGAUCCGGAACCGCGCACCUCAUCGCCGGAGCAGGCUUCCAUGGCUGCCGAUUUUAUUGCCUUUGCCUGGAAUAUCGUUCUGCAACACGUCCGCGUUCACGCUUCAAGCACACCACGAUCUCAGGAAGACAUCCUGGAGGCGGUAGCAAUUUUGGCCGGAUCAUUCAUGGACGGAGCUAUGGAAACAAUCGGUAUCCGCACCGAGAAGCAGUUCGGGGAUUUGAUGGGCGAGAUCUUCCUUCCCUCAGGCGUGUUCUCAGGCGUCACCUUCCAUGAGCAAUAUACGCCCAAGCAGAUUGAGCAUUGCCUGCUGUACACACUCCCAGGCCACAAGUUGAUUUCCAGAGCCCAUGUGCUCCGUCGGCUCAACAGAAUGCUGGACAUCCCAUUCCUCCCGUGGUGCACCCCAGCAGGCUUAUUCGUGGCCUCCGAAUGGGCCGUGGAAGAAGUGAAGAAUCUGCUGGGGAGUCGAGAGCCGUGUGGACACGUGAAGAAAGCUGCUUUGCUUGAGGACAUGUUUCUGGACUGGGAUCCUCAAAUCGGCGAAGCCACCACUAGGAGUCCCGACGUGACUGCAGAGAGUGCGGCGGCAUCGAAUGAUUGA